AUGGCGCCCUCUCGCUUCCCCACCUCCUUCCUCACCACCGUUCUCGUCCUGCUCCUCGCAAUCCCGACCCCAACAUACGCCCACGGCGGCCAUGAUCGCAUCCCCGAGGGCGCUGCCCUAAGCGAAGAUCCUCUCGACAGCAUCCUCUGGCUGCAUAUUCUCCUCAUGAUCCUCGCCUUCGGCAUCCUCUACCCGCUCGGCAUGGUCCUCGGCAUAACACACUCGCGCUGGCACGUCCCCCUCCAGAUCCUCGCCACCUUGAUCGCCAUCCCCGCAUACUUCAUGGGCCACAUGCACAAGGGCCGCCAGUUCCGCAAGCCGCACAUCCAUGCCAGUUUCGCGAAUAGUCUGGUGUUGAUGACGAUUGUGCAGGUCGGGAUCGGGGUCGGGUUGAAGCUUCACCUGGAGGCGAAGCAGGGGUGGUUGGGUAAGGUUUUUGGGAGUAAAUCCGGCAAGACCGGGCGGAGGAUCGUGGUGGUUGUGCAUAGCUGGAUUGGGAAACUCAUGCCUGUGGUGGCGUGGACGCAGAUGCUGUUUGGGGGGAUUGUGGCGCUGGGGUUUUGUCGAGGGGAGCACACGGGCCAGUGUCUGGCGCAUUUCAUCAUGGGCAGCGCGUUUGUUGGGUAUGGGAUCGUGAUGACGCUUAUGCUACUUGUGGGGCAGGCGUGGUUGAGGAGGGUCGGCAGGAGUCAGGAGUUUUUCGACUCGAUUGUGAUUGCCGCGUGGGGUUGUGUGAAUACGUUUACGGAGCAUCGGUGGGGUGGCCCGUGGGUGAAGAAUGAUUUGCAGCAUACGAGCAUGGGGAUUGUGUGGUGGUGUGCGGGUUUACUCGGUGUGUGGCUUAGUAGGAGUCGACGAGGCGCACCGCGAAGGAAUAUCCUGCCGGGAAUCGUGAUCAUCAUGACGGGAUGGGGGAUGAGCGCGCAUCCGCAAGAACUGGAGCUGAGCACCAUGGUACACAGGAUGUUCGGGUAUACGCUCAUGGCGGCUGGCGCAACGCGCAUCAUCGAGAUCUGCUUCACGCUCAAGGACUCGCGAGGUGGAAGUGAGCCGAGUUCGUGGCAGCAUCUGCCUCCUUUCCUACUUUAUGCGUCCGGCCUCCUCUUCAUGGGCGCCACCGAAGAGCAAAUGGCCCUCCUCGCCGCCAACAACGUCACCCACGUCUCCUACAUCCUCAUCCUCUACUCCAUCGCCUUCCUGCUGUACCUCUUCGUUAACAUCCUCCUGCAUAUCUACGCCACCGCGACCUGGCCAGACGAUGAAUCGAAUGGCGUGCUUGAGGCACGCGCUGCGAGUUAUUACCCACCUGGCGGCCCGUCGCCUGUGGGCGCACACGCACAGCAGUCGGGGCAGAGGGCCAUGAGCCUAGCAGCACCGAACGGUCUGCCGAUGCAUAUGCGAGGAGGAGCGGGAAUGCAUUCACGCAAGGCCAGCACGCUGACCUACUCGGACCUGCCUGUCCCGCAGCGAAUAGUUAAGGGCCAUAGACCGACCGACAGCCAGCAGCUGCGGGACGCAGAGGAAUUUGAGCUGGAAGGCCUGAUGAGUGAAGAUGAGGAGGUCAGGGGAAGUGGCAGUGGUAGUGGAGAAACGGAGAUGACGAGUCCAAUGCUGGGAAGUGACGAUGGGGAGAAGGGCAAGGGGAGGAGUAAGAUUGGUAGUGGGGUUUGA